CUCUCUCUCUCUUCCCUUUUGCAUCAGGGACAGAAUUAGGCCAAAGGUUGUCCCAGCCAAGAGGUUUCGUAAACCUGACUUGAAAACACCCGGGGUGGCAGGGUUGACGAGCCUCUAUUUCAAGCACUCAUUAAUCGAGCGGGUUAAAUGAUAAACCCUUUGGAUGUGCUGUCAUUGGUUGUUUCUGGGGACAUCAUCCAUCCUUGGCAAGGAGCCAGGAGACAUGUUUUUGUGGGGUGACAUAAGAGACAACCCUCUUUUGCCCAGGCUGGUAGGAUGGACUGUAAACAAGGAAGAGUAUUUAAGGAAGGAAGAUGCUUUCUGGAAAACCAGAGGUCUUGGGGAGAGUUGGUCGGAAACAACGCCUUACUGCCUGGAAGGACCAGCGAAACCUCCAAAGCUAAAUAUACAGACUGCCUCAGAAAAGUAAUAGGCGAUGCCUCCCCAGCUGCAGACGCAGAUGAACGCCACUCCCAAGGUUGUCCAAGGAGAUCUGAAGUGUUUAGCCCCAGAUGUGAGGGACUUCAUUGAAAGCAAUGCUAAGCUGUGCCAGCCUGAAGCCAUCCAUAUUUGCGAUGGCUCCGAGGAAGAGAACAAGAAUAUUUUGGAGCUCAUGUUAGAACAAGGCAUGAUUAAGAAGCUUGGGAAAUAUGAGAACUGCUGGUUGGCUUGCACAGAUCCAAGGGACGUGGCAAGAAUCGAAAGCAAAACCGUUAUCGUCACUCAGGAGCAGCGAGAAACCAUCCCCAUCCCGCAAAGUGGAGUGAGCCAGCUGGGACGGUGGAUGUCGGAAGAAGACUUUGAGAAAGCCUUCAGCAUCAGAUUCCCCGGGUGCAUGGAAGGGCGCACCAUGUAUGCCAUCCCAUUUAGCAUGGGACCAAUUGGUUCUCCUUUAUCCAAGUUUGGGAUUGAGCUGACAGAUUCUCCUUAUGUGGUGGUCAGCAUGAGAAUUAUGACUCGGAUGGGAACAUCUGUCCUAGAAGCCCUUGGCAAGGGAGAAUUUGUAAAAUGCCUGCAUUCAGUUGGGUGCCCUUUGCCGUUAAAAAAGCCUCUGGUCAACAACUGGCCAUGCAACCCAGAUUUGACACUGAUUGCUCACAUCCCUGAUCACAGAGAGAUCGUUUCUUUCGGAAGUGGUUACGGAGGAAACUCCCUCCUGGGGAAAAAGUGCUUUGCUCUCAGGAUUGCCAGCAGGAUUGCCAAAGAAGAGGGCUGGCUUGCUGAGCACAUGCUGAUCUUGGGUAUCACAAAUCCUGAAGGCGAAAAGAAAUACUUUGCUGCAGCUUUCCCCAGCGCUUGUGGAAAAACCAACUUGGCCAUGAUGAAUCCAACUCUGCCGGGCUGGAAAAUUGAGUGUGUUGGGGAUGAUAUCGCUUGGAUGAAAUUUGACGAUCAAGGUCACUUAAGAGCGAUCAAUCCAGAGAACGGCUUUUUUGGAGUUGCUCCCGGGACGUCGGUGAAAACUAACCCCAAUGCUAUGAAGACGAUUCAGAAGAACACCAUCUUCACCAACGUAGGAGAAACCAGCGAUGGAGGCGUAUAUUGGGAAGGUAUUGAUAAACAGCUUGCCCCAGGAGUGACGCUCAUGUCAUGGAAAAACAAGGAAUGGACUAGCAAAAACGGGGAACCGUGUGCUCACCCCAAUUCCCGAUUUUGCACUCCUGCCAGCCAGUGUCCUAUUCUGGAUCCUGCCUGGGAGGCUCCAGAAGGAGUUCCGAUUGAGGGUAUAAUAUUUGGAGGAAGGAGACCUGAAGGUGUGCCUCUGGUCUAUGAGGCCCUUAACUGGCAGCAUGGAGUAUUCAUAGGUGCAGCAAUGAGAUCAGAAGCCACAGCUGCCGCCGAACAUAAAGGCAAGAUCAUCAUGCACGACCCUUUUGCCAUGAGACCUUUCUUUGGCUACAACUUUGGCCAAUAUCUCUCCCAUUGGCUCAGCAUGGCGCACCGGCCUGCCGCAAAGCUGCCGAAGAUUUUCCACGUCAACUGGUUCAGGAAAGACACACGAGGAAGGUUCCUCUGGCCUGGCUUCGGUGAGAACUCCCGCGUGCUGGAAUGGAUGUUCAACCGAAUCCAGGGAGAAGACUGCGCACAGCGAACGGCCAUUGGCUAUGUCCCCAGUAGCGCGGGCUUGAACUUGAAAGGCUUGGAAGGGGUCAGUUUGCAGGAACUGUGUGACAUCUCCAAAGAUUUCUGGGAAAAGGAGGUGGAAGAGAUCAAGAAGUAUUUUGAAGAACAAGUGAAUGCCGACCUCCCCUAUGAGAUGGAAAGAGAGCUUCUUGCGCUGGAGCAGAGAAUAAUGCAGCUAUAACUGAUAUUUAGGUGACUCCGUAUGUUGGGGGUGGGGAGGAAGCAUGAAAUAAUCACACUCUUUUCUAGACGCAAUGUCUGGAAGCACGAAAAUGCAAUGGCAGGCACAGUUAUGGCCAGAGCUAUUACUUCUAAAGGCUAAUUGAAGACGUAAUUCUCAAGCUUAUUGAACAAUACUUGCGAGGUGACUGAAGUUGGGCUAUUGUUUGAUGAGCAUGCCUCCAUUGAUAAGUACUGCACUCACGUCAAGAAAGUUAUCGCAGGAUAGCUGUGGUUCUCAUGUAAUAUUA